AUGACCUACUACGUCCCCCCAGGCCAACAGCGCACCCUCCGUGCCUGCAUGGUCUGCUCACUCGUCCAGCUUCACAACAAAUUCAUGCGCGAAGGCUGCCCGAACUGCGACAACGUCCUCGGCCUGCGCGGCAACAACGACGCCAUCCAAGAAUGCACAUCCCAGGUCUUCGAGGGCCUGAUUACGCUCAACGAUCCGAAUACUAGCUGGGUGGCCAGGUGGCAGAGAUUGGAUAGCUAUGUGCCGGGGACGUAUGCGGUUAAGGUUACGGGCUCGUUGCCCGACGAUGUGAUUUCGAAUUUGGAGGAUGCUGGGGUGAAGUAUAUUCCGAGAGAUGGAAGUACCGGCGAAGAGGAGCCUUGAGAUGGGACACCUGUUCCUUUGCGCGUUGUUUCGCGUCGUUUUUCUAACGCCCGUUUCCCCCUCGAGUACUACGCUCACCGAUUCGACCGAUGAAUUGACGGCGACGACCUUACCCGCUUCGAGGAACGCGUUGAGAAGGAUUUAGGCUCGCAUAUCUGUUGCACAUACGGAGUUACGGUCAUGGUCUGGGUUAUAUAUUUGCUUUUGGUUCAUCUGGGAUUAGCCAGGGGUUGUUUGUUGAAUAUUCGGUUUUCUUUCGCAUUUACAAUUCAGAAGGGUCUUGUCCUUAUUCGACUACCGAUCUCUCACGGUGAAACUGAU